AUGCGAUCAACAUUUUCGCAACUCAACUCAACUCACGCAACAUUUUCGGCAGAGGAAAAUCUUGUUUCGGAAGCAGAGCAAUCGAUUGGAAUGUGUAAACAUUGUGAAAGGCCCAACAUUGAACGUGUCGAGGCACUAAAAAGACAAAAAUUUUCGAGUUACAAUCUUGUGCUGGCUGAUACUUUCCAAGGUCAAUUCCACAGGAGACAAAACGUCUCGUGUCGAUUUUUAUGUGCAUACAACAGCAUGAGAUUUAAUAAUUCUAAUGAUAUUAAAAUUUUAAACAAAAACCAUGUUGUGCUUAAACAAUUCACAGAAGGAAUGAAUGAAGAAGAAUCAGCAGACAUUGGCGACGUGCUUGAAUGUCUUUCUCGUUUAGAUGAAUGCACAUAA